AUGUACUUACGAGCCGCAGAUAAUGUGGAAGACAGUGGCACAGACGAGUAUUUGAGAAAACUCGUCCGACAGAUUAACGACAAUUCUAGCUCAACUUGGAAGGCAAAAUUCAACAAAUUUGGAGUCAAAGACCGAUCUUACGGAUUCAAAUACACAAGGAACUCUACCGCAGUGCGAGAGGUUAUGGUAGAAUUGGAGAAGUUCUUCAACUCUGAUGCUAUGAAGCGGCAUCUUCAGGAGCUUACGGAUUAUCCCGACUCCUCUUUACCGACUCACUUCGAUGCUCGACUGAAAUGGCCUAAUUGUCCAUCUAUCGCAAGAGUUCCUAACCAAGGUGGAUGUGGAAGUUGCUAUGCAGUUGCUGCAGCAGGAGUAGCUUCUGAUCGAGCUUGUAUUCAAUCCAAUGGUACUUUCCGUGCUUCACUCAGUGAUCAAGAUGUCUUGGGUUGUUGUGACGUGUGUGGAAAUUGCUAUGGUGGUGAUCCGUUGAAGGCUAUGGUCUACUGGGUCAAUCAGGGAAUGGUUACGGGUGAGUUGUUGGUUUCCCGGGUUUCUUGUUUGCAAGCUGAUAGGGGAACCUUGAUCAGGCCAUUGCCCAAAGGGCAGCUUAUAUGAAU